AGGCACACACAGUCUUCUCUUCCCACUCUCUCUUUCCCGCUUCUUCACUCUCUCUCUCUCAAUUUGGGGGUUUAGGGUUUUUCUAUCCCAUCCUAGUUCUACAUUUUCCUCUCUCUCUCUCUCAAUUUGGUCCUUCGCAUUUCAAUUCAAUUCCAGUAAUACCUACCUCAUCGCAAAGAUGAUGUACGGUGAUCCUCAACAGCACCAGCACCAGCACCAACAGUACAAUCCGCAACAACAACAGCAACAGCAGCAAGGCGGAGACUUUCACAGAGGCCCACCGCCACCGCCGCCGCAGAUGAUGAGGCAGCCUUCCGCUUCUUCCAGUACACUCAAUCCAGAGUACCACCACCCCUCCGGCCCUCCUCCGCCGUACGACGCACAUGGCGAUAGUUUUGCUGCAAAACGAAUGAGGAAGCUUACCCAGAGGAGGGCAGUUGAUUAUACUAGCACCGUUGUGCGAUAUAUGCAGAUUCGUAUGUGGCAGCGAGAUUCAAGGGACAGGACAGCAUUGCAACCUACCCCAGCUGCAGCGAUUGAUAUGUUGCCAACAGUUGCAUAUUCAGAUAAUCCAUCUACAAGCUUUGCUGCAAAAUUUGUACAUACAUCUUUGAACAAAAACCGUUGUUCGAUUAAUCGGGUUUUGUGGACUCCUACAGGUAGGCGACUAAUCACAGGCUCUCAAAGUGGGGAAUUCACUCUCUGGAAUGGACAGUCAUUUAAUUUUGAAAUGAUUCUUCAGGCCCAUGAUCAAGCAAUCAGGUCAAUGGUGUGGAGUCAUAAUGACAACUGGAUGGUUUCUGGUGAUGAUGGGGGCGCAAUAAAGUAUUGGCAGAACAACAUGAAUAACGUUAAGGCUAAUAAAUCUGCUCAUAAAGAAUCUGUCCGGGACUUAAGCUUUUGUAGGACAGACCUGAAGUUUUGCUCCUGCUCAGAUGACACAACUGUUAAAGUUUGGGAUUUUGCGCGGUGCCAAGAAGAGCGUUCAUUGUCCGGCCAUGGUUGGGAUGUGAAGAGCGUUGACUGGCACCCUACAAAAUCUCUGCUAGUUUCAGGUGGUAAAGACAACCUUGUGAAACUCUGGGACGCCAAAUCGGGGAGAGAGCUUUGUUCAUUCCAUGGCCACAAAAACAUGGUUCUUUGUGUCAAAUGGAACGAAAAUGGAAACUGGGUGCUAACUGCUUCAAAGGAUCAAAUCAUCAAGCUCUAUGACAUUAGGGCUAUGAAGGAGCUUGAAUCUUUCCGUGGGCAUAGGAAAGAUGUGACUGCUUUGGCUUGGCACCCAUUCCACGAGGAAUACUUUGUUAGUGGGAGUUUUGACGGGUCCAUUUUCCAUUGGCUUGUUGGGCAUGAAACUCCCCAGGUAGAAAUUCCCAAUGCACAUGAUAAUGCUGUGUGGGACCUUGCAUGGCAUCCUAUUGGAUAUCUUCUCUGCAGUGGUAGCAAUGAUCAUACAACAAAGUUCUGGUGCAGAAAUAGGCCAGGAGACACUGCUCGUGAUAAAUUUAGCAUGGGUCAGGCCCAAGGUUAUGGUGAGCAAAACCCUGUUAUUGGUGGUCGCAUGACUGGUAAUUUCCCAGUACCUGAAGGGCCAGCGACUCCAGGACCAUUUCCUCCUGGGUUGACUCGAAAUGAAGGAACCAUUCCUGGUGUUGGAGUUGCGAUGCCAUUACAAAUUCCUCUUGAUGCAUCAGCUCAGGGAGAGCAAAAGCAGCCUCUUCCACUUUCAAUGCCAUUAGGGGCUCCUCCUCUCCCUCCUGGUCCACAUCCCUCUCUUCUUGCUUCCAAUCAACAGCAAGCAUAUCAACAAAAUCCACAGAUCCAGCAACAACACCACCACCAACAACACCAGCCACUCCCACAACAAAUGGCUCCUUUGCCUAUGCCCCCUCCAAAUAUGGGACAACUACAGCCUCCAUCUCAUUUACCGUUGCUUCCGCAUCCCCAUUUACCUCGCCCUCCACCCCAAAUGUCCCCACUUGGUAUGCCUUCAUCAAUCCCAUCUUCAAUGCCAGGAUCGAUGUCCAUGCCUUCAUCAGGACCUGCCUCGCAUCCAUUGUCAAUGCCUCCAGUGGGAAUGCAAGGUACAAUGAAUCAGAUAGUUCCUCCAUUGCCACAGGGCCAUUUCAUGGGCAUGAACCCUAUGCACUCCGGACCCUUGUCUACAAGUGGAGUACCUCCAGUUGGAGGUUUUCCGAAUGGCUUGCCAAAUAUGCAGGCACCAUCAAAUGCAAGUGGGCCCCAAAUGUAUCCUCAGGGUGGGACAUUUAACCGGCCACAAGCUGGACAAAUGUCAAUGAUGCAAGGGUAUAAUCCCUAUCAGUCUGGGAAUCAAGCUGGUCUGCAUCCACCUCCACCACCAGGUCCGCCACCUCAUGGCCAAACUCCUCAGUAGACCAUUUUUUGCAUCAGAUUUUUUUUUUUUUCAUUGCAACUGCUGCCAUCUAUCCCAGAAGAACGCGAUCCUCUCUUAGAGAAUUUGUGUCAGUGUUAUUCCUCUCAUUUUGUCUCUGUUCUUUUUUCUUUUCUUUUUGUAGUCCUUGGUCAAUAACUCAUUAUUAUUUUUAGUCUAUGAAAUCAUUCAAAUAUUUGAAGAAUUUCCUUUAGUUGAGCUAUAGAUUCAUCGUAUUUUGUUAA